AGUCACCAGUGGGAGCCAGCUCUUGAUCCUAUCUCCAAUUCCAUGUGCAGCUCUUCCCAGUAGAACUUCAGCGCCGCGGCGCUACUGAUUCUGAAACCUCCACCUCUUGGCUCCUCUGAAAGCACUCGUGUUUCACGUUCCCUCGCGGUGCGGUGGACUUUCAAGUUUCACCUCUUACCCUCAUCCUCGUCCUCUGCUGUAAUUGUAAUUUGUAGUUUGUGUAAUUUGUAAACCCCACCACAGUCCACACUCCACAGUCCACCAUGUUUUAACUUCACCCCCUUCUUCUUCUUCACCUUCUCCUUCUCUAACUUCAAUUCCUCUCCUCCCAUGGCUUCCUCCGAAGAACCCAACAAACCCACUGGCUUCUUCGACUCCUCUUCACCUUCCCAGCCCCUCCUCUCCAACCCCCCUCCUCCUUCUCUCUACCCAUAUCCCUCAAUCGACGACCCGCCCCAAUCCGACCCUUCUCAGUACCUCCAGAUCUCCUACAACUAUGCCCACCGCCCUUUCAAGGACAUCCCUGUUCUUGUUCUCUUUAUUCUCUUCGUUUUGUUGUCCUUUGGUUUUGGGAUUUUCGCUACCUUCAAUAGGAACACCGAUUACCCUAACCUCUCCUCUUAUUACUAUGAUUACCAAGCUGCCAAUUGUGUUCAAGACCCACUUUCUGUUUCAUCCCCCAAUUGGGUUUUCCUUUACUCCUCCUCCUCUUCCUCUUCCUCUGUUUUGCAAUCCUUGAUUUGGACCCUUGUUGCGACUUUGAUUUUGAGCUUACCCAUUUGCUUUCUUUUGCUUCUCUUGCUCAAGCACUACACCAGACAGAUUGUGUACACCUUACUUCCUCUCUUCGUGCUCCUUCCUAUCUUCAUUAAUGUCUAUUGGUUCGUGGCCUGCACGGUUAACCCAACUUGUAGCAACGACUUCCCGAUGGUCUAUAGGAUUUUGGUACUCAUAUUCAUAUUCUUGGUAAUUGGCGUAAUCGUGUGGAUAUUUGUCGUUAAUUGGCACCGAAUUGAGCUCACGGUUAGAAUAAUUGGGGUUGCCUCGAACGCACUGUCGAUGAAUCUGGGUCUGUUUGUGGCCACACCGAGUAUGACUCUGGGGCUACUGAUUUAUUAUGUACCAAUCGUUUUGUUCUUGGUGUUUGCGAGGUUGAAUGGGAAAAUUUUGCCCCAUCACCAUGGAUCAAGUGGAGAGUAUAGUUGUGUUUGGAAGCAAGACAAAUGGGUACCUGCUUACUAUGCAUUGGCGAUUCUUACAAUGUUGUGGUCUGCUGCUGUAAUGGUUGAAGGACAAGUUUUUGUGAUUAGUGGUACCAUAUCGCAGUGGUAUUUCUCGAAAGAAGAGGGCGAAACUCCAAGCCGGAGCAUUAGGAACUCUUUAAGGAAUGCAUUUGGACCCUCCGCUGGCACUGUAUGUUUAUCUGGAUUACUAAUCUUUGUGGUGCGUGUAGUUCGUGCUGUGGUCGAUAGCGCAAGACAAGAAGAUAUUCCCGGGAUGUUCAACCUUAUUUUACGUUGCUGCGUAAAUACAUUUCUGGCAGCUGUUGAUUAUCUGAAUAAAUUUGCAAUAACUUUUGCAGCAAUAACUGGUGAAUCUUACUGCUCAUCUUCAAGAAUGACAUAUGAACUCUUGAAACGAAAUCUGCUCUCAACUGUUUUCGUGGAGACAAUCUCCUCGCGUUUAUUAGUUGGAAUUGCCUUUGUCCUCUCAGCCAUCUAUGCAAUUGUGGCCUGUGCUAUCUUACAGGUUGUGGGCCAUCUCGGGGUCAAUACAUACCUUGUGGCUGUUGCAGCAUGGCUGCUCUUGAUCGUGGUACUUGCAUUCUUCAUCCACGUACUGGAUAAUGUAAUCGAAACCGUGUAUGUGUGCUAUGCUAUCGACAGGGACAGAGGUGAAGUGUGUAAACAAGAUGUCCAUGAGGUUUAUGUUCACCUACCCAUUAGCAGAAAUCACAGAUCAUCACUCCUUGUAUAAUAAAUUAGUCCUGCAAAUCACAUGGUACUGUUUUGCAGAUAAGACACUGGGUUUGAAAACGCGAUUCUGUGUAUAAUGAGCUGCCACCUUGUACAUUUUGAGCCUCUUUUUUCCCCUUUUAAGCUAGUUCUUUAGUGGACCAAUUUAUCUUAUCUAUUGAACUAUAUUCAGAUCGACGCAUCCUAAAGUGGUGUAAAUAUUAAUUUUAUUAGUCGAGACUUACAUGAUAUUGCAAUA